AAGGAAAGGAAAUUUAUCGAGGAACAAAAGCGAAGCCCCUUCCAACCCUGGGGGAUCUCUCUCCUUAAUAAAAACCCCUUCCUCCCCCUUCGUCGUCCUCCUCCUCAUUAAACUCAACUCACCCCAGAUUUUGGUUCAAGCUUUCAGGAACGAUACCUUAACCCUUCUCCCGAUCCAGGUCGCUAUCAACCACUCGGGGAAGAACACCUAAAGCCUGAUAAUGAGUGUAGUUGGGUUUGAUUUUGGAAACGAGAACUGCCUCGUCGCUGUUGCAAGGCAAAGAGGUAUCGACGUCGUUCUUAACGAUGAGUCUAACCGCGAGACCCCUGCUAUUGUCUGCUUUGGCGACAAGCAGCGGUUCAUCGGCACUGCUGGAGCUGCUUCUACCAUGAUGAACCCUAAAAACUCCAUAUCCCAGAUCAAGCGCCUUAUUGGUCGUCAGUUCUCCGACCCUGAGCUGCAAAGGGAUAUCAAAUCUCUCCCCUUCUCCGUCACCGAAGGGCCUGAUGGGUAUCCUUUGAUCCACGCUAAUUAUUUGGGAGAGGUCAGAGCCUUUACUCCCACUCAGGUCAUGGGUAUGAUGUUGUCUAACUUGAAAGGUAUUGCUGAGAAGAACUUGAAUGCUGCUGUGGUGGACUGCUGUAUUGGUAUUCCUGUUUACUUCACCGACCUCCAGCGACGGGCUGUUCUUGAUGCUGCAACUAUCGCAGGCUUGCAUCCUCUGCACUUGAUCCAUGAGACUACAGCUACAGCUUUGGCUUAUGGAAUUUAUAAGACUGAUUUGCCUGAGAAUGAACCCCUCAAUGUCGCUUUCAUUGACAUUGGCCAUGCUAGCAUGCAAGUCUGCAUUGCUGGCUUCAAAAAAGGACAGCUCAAAGUCUUGUCUCACGGUUUUGACCGCUCCCUCGGUGGAAGGGAUUUCGAUGAGGCUCUUUUCCAUCAUUUUGCUACUAAGUUCAAGGAUGAGUACAAGAUUGACGUCUCCCAGAAUGCUAAGGCUUCUCUCAGGCUCCGUGCUGCAUGCGAGAAAGUGAAAAAGGUUCUAAGCGCAAAUCCUGUGGCACCAUUGAAUAUCGAGUGUUUGAUGGAUGAGAAAGAUGUUAGGGGUGUCAUCAAGAGGGAAGAGUUUGAAGAGAUCAGCAUCCCUAUUUUGGAGCGUGUCAAGAGGCCUCUAGAGAAAGCUCUCUCUGACGCGGGCCUUACAGUUGAAGAUGUACAUAUGGUUGAGGUUGUUGGCUCUGGCUCUCGCGUCCCUGCUAUGAUCAAGAUCCUAACUGAGUUUUUUGGCAAGGAGCCCAGGCGUACAAUGAAUGCGAGUGAGUGUGUGUCAAGGGGAUGUGCCCUGCAGUGUGCCAUUCUCAGUCCAACCUUUAAAGUUCGCGAAUUCCAGGUUCAUGAGAGCUUCCCUUUCUCAAUUUCGCUGGCGUGGAAAGGAGCAGCUUCCGAUGCCCAAAAUGGAGGAGCUGAGAAUCAGCAGAGCACCAUUGUUUUCCCCAAAGGAAAUCUCAUUCCUAGUGUCAAGGCUCUAACGUUUUACCGCUCUGGAACAUUCUCUGUUGAUGUGCAAUACAGUGAUGUGAAAGAUUUGCAUGCACCUCCAAAAAUCAGCACAUACACAAAUGGUCCCUUCCAGUCAUCAAAGGGCGAGAGGUCAAAGCUUAAAGUGAAAGUGAGAUUGAACCUGCAUGGAGUUGUCUCGGUUGAAUCAGCAACUCUUUUGGAAGAGGAAGAAGUUGAAGUUCCAGUCUCGAAAGAAAAAUCGCAGGAAACUGCUAAGAUGGACACUGACAAAGCUUCUGCCGAGGCAGCUCCUGCUUCUGGUGACUCUGAUGUUAACAUGCAAGACGCCAAGGAAACCACGGAUGCAACUAGUACCGAAAAUGGUGUUCCAGAGUCUGCUGAUAAGCCAGUGCAAAUGGAAACUGAUUCAAAGGCUGAGGCUCCAAAGAAGAAGGUGAAGAAAACAAAUGUACCUCUGUCAGAAGUGGUCUAUGGUGCCUUGAAAUCUUUGGAGGUCGAAAAGGCAGUGGAGAAGGAAUUUGAGAUGGCUUUGCAAGACAGAGUUAUGGAGGAGACCAAGGACCGGAAGAAUGCUGUUGAGUCCUAUGUUUAUGAUAUGCGAAACAAACUGAGUGACAAAUACCAGGAGUAUAUCAUUGAUUCGGAGAGGGAAGCGUUCCUGGCGAAGCUACAGGAAGUGGAGGAUUGGUUGUAUGAAGAUGGGGAAGAUGAGACCAAAGGGGUUUAUCUUGCAAAGCUCGAUGAGCUCAAGAAGGUGGGUGAUCCUGUUGAAGUGCGUUACAAGGAGUCGUUGGAAAGAGGGUCGGUUAUUGAUCAGCUUGGUUACUGUAUUAGCAGCUACAGAGAGGCAGCUAUGUCUAAUGAUCCCAAGUUUGACCACAUUGAAUUGGCAGAGAAGCAAAAGGUUUUGAACGAGUGUGUGGAAGCAGAAGCAUGGCUGCGUGAGAAGAAACAGCAGCAAGACACGCUUCCCAAGUAUGCAACACCGGCCCUCUUGUCAGCUGACGUUAAAAGCAAGGCGGAGGCAUUGGACAAGUUUUGCAGGCCUAUAAUGACGAAACCAAAGCCGGCUAAAGCAGAGGCACCACAAGGCAAGGGAGGUGAACCGGCGGAUGAGGGCAAGAGUGAGCAACAGCCACCAGCUUCUGCCGAACCAAUGGAGACUGAGAAUCCCACUGAAGGUAGUGCCUAAAUCAAUCACGAGAGCUAGAUGGUAUUGUAUCGAUUUUGUUCCUACUUUUUUAUUUACCUAGUGGAACCUCUUUUUCUGGUUUCGCUAUUAUUCCCCGAAAAAUUCUGUAUUUGAUUCUUCCUUUGCGAUAACAAUUUUUAGGAAGCAUCGUUUUUUUUUUUUCAAUUGUUCCUUGUGGUAUCUUUUUAAUUUGAAAGUCUUGUUUCAUUUUUGUUUGUUCGUACUCUAUAAUUGUUAUCGAGAGAGUAAUGCGGAUUCGCCCUA